UUGCUCCAGUGCUCGCUGCUUGGUCUCCUGAGUGUGGUUUCCUUCCCGGCCAGCACCAGACCCCAGAAUAGAGCAGCGGGCUUGCAGAUUGAGGUCAUCGGCUCCGAAGAGCACGAGAAGCAGAGGUUUUGCAAAAGACAGACCCACUUGACAAACAUGAGGAGCGCAGCCAAGUCCUGGAAUCCAGUCACCAAAGCAGGGACCCAUGGGAUCGACCGCGCGCGGCCCCUUCCCGCAGCCUCGUCUGGCAUGAAGAGUUCUAAGUCUUCGACCUCACUGGCUUUUGAGUCCCAACUCAGCAAGCUCAAGAGGGCCAGUAGUGAGGACAUGCUCAACAAACCAGGAAGUACCACCGCUUCCGGGGUAGUUCGACUGAAAAAGACUUCCACAGCGGGAACCAUCUCUGAGCUCGCUGAGAGCCGCCUGAGGAGCCACCCAGGGGCUGUGACAACGACCAAACGAACAGGCAUUCCAGCUCCUCGAGAACUUUCGGGAACUAUUUCAAGAGAGAGAACCGUGCCACGCGUCCCCUCCAACCCCAAGAAAUCGGCGUCCAGUCCCACUUCUUCCAGCACGCCCACGCCCACCAAGCCCCUGAGGAACGCAUCUGCGAGACUCAGACAGGAGAGUGAGGGUGGGGAGCGGGCCGUGCUCGAGUCCCAAGUUCGGGAACUCUUGGCAGAGGCCAAAGCCAAAGACAGUGAAAUCAGCCGGCUUCGAAGUGAACUAAAGAAGUACAAGGAGAAAAGGACUUCACACACCGAAGGAAAUGACGCUUUGGACCCAAAGGUAGAUGGGACUUCGGUCUCACCAGUUGACUCAGAACCUUUGAUAAGAGCUCUUGAGGAGAAGAACAAGAAUUUUCAGAAAGAGCUUGCUGAUCUAGAGGAAGAAAACCGGGCCUUGAAGGAGAAACUGAGUUAUUUUGAGCAUUCGCCAAAUUCUGAAGGGGGAGCAAGUCAUGCUGGCGAUAGCAGCUGUCCAACCUCCAUAACCCAGGAGUCAAGCUUCGGAAGCCCAACUGGAAAUCAGUUGUCAGGGGAAAUCGAGGAGUAUAAAAAAAACAUACCCCAAAAUGUAUUACGGACGUCAGGUUCUUCAAGUAGCGAUGUUACCAAAGCUUCCUUGUCACCAGAUGCCUCCGAUUUUGAGCACAUCACAGCAGACACUCCCUCGAGGCCCCCGUCUUCUCCGAGCAACCCCUUUAAGAGUUCAAAGUGUUCUACCGCUGGGAGCUCCCCUCACAAUGUGAGCGAACUGUCCCUCGCGUCCCUCACGGAGAAGAUACAGAAGAUGGAAGAAAAUCACCACAGCACAGCAGAAGAACUACAGGCUACUUUACAGGAACUAUCAGACCAGCAACAGAUGGUACAGGAACUGACAGCAGAAAAUGAGAAACUGGUGGACGAGAAGACGAUAUUGGAAACUUCCUUUCAUCAGCAUCGAGAGAGGGCAGAACAGCUAAGUCAAGAGAACGAAAAGCUGAUAAAUCUCUUACAAGAGCGAGUCAAGAACGAAGAGCCCAGUGCUCAGGAAGGAAAACUGCUGGAACUGGAGCAGAAGUGCACAGAAAUCCUUGAACAGGGCCGCUUCGAAAGAGAGAAGCUGCUCAACAUUCAGCAGCAACUGACCUGCAGCUUACGGAAGGCUGAGGAGGAAAACCAAGGAGCCUUAGAAACGAUCCAGCACCUGAAGGAAGAAAAUGAGAAACUGAAUGGGUUUCUAGAACUGGAACGGCAUAAUAGCAAUGUGGUGGCCAAAACUCUGGAAGAGUGUAAAGUUACCUUGGAAGGGCUGAAGAAUGAAAAUGGGUCUUUGAAGGCUCAUUUGGAGAACGAGAAGCAAAAAGCUGUAGAGACCAGUCCGGUGGGGCAGACGGCAGAAGGCUGUGCAAUUCAAGAAAUGCUUAAAGUAGCUCGAGCUGAGAAGGAUCAGCUGGAACUGUCUUGCACAGAGCUCAGACAAGAACUACUUAAGGCGCAUGGUGAAAUUAAACGGGUUUCAAGCCUGUUAGCCAAGGUGGAAAAGGAUUAUUCUUACUUGAAGGAGAUAUGUGAUCAUCAAGCAGAGCAGCUGAGCAGAACCAGCCUGAAACUGCAAGAGAAAGCAUCCGAGAGUGAUGCAGAGAUUAAAGACAUGAAGGAAACCAUAUUUGAGUUGGAAGAUCAGGUGGAACAGCAUCGAGCUGUCAAGUUACAUAAUAAUCAACUCAUCAGUGAGCUGGAAAGCAACGUGAUGAAGCUGGAGGAACAGAAAGCAGACCUGGAAAGGCAGCUGAAGACUCUGACUAAGCAGAUAAAGGAGGAAACCGAGGAGUGGAGGCGGUUCCAGGCGGACUUGCAGACUGCGGUGGUGGUGGCCAACGACAUCAAGUGCGAGGCCCAGCAGGAGCUGCGCGCUGUGAAGAGGAGACUGCUGGAGGAGGAGGAGAAGAAUGCCAGGCUGCAGAAGGAGCUGGGGGACAUGCAGGGCCAUGGCAGACCUGUGUGUGAAGAGCCCGCGCCCUUGGAGGGCGACGCGCCUGGCCGGUGGCAUGGUGUCUGUGUCAGCAGAACAUCUCCAACGCCUUUGGAGCCUGCGACCACCGUCAAGUCCCUCAUCAAGUCAUUUGACUUAGGACGCCCAGGUGGAGCCGGACAGAGUAUUCCUGUCCAUAAGACCCCCAGGAGCCCCCUGAGUGGAAUACCAGUGAGGACCGCCCCAGCGGCCGCUGUUUCUCCCAUGCAGAGGCAUUCCGCUUACAGCAGCGUGCGGCCUGUCGGCAGAGGAGCAGCCCAGCGCUUGGAUCUCCCAGACCUUCCCCUCUCAGAUCUCCUGAAGGCACGAGCCGAGGACCUGAAACCAGACCCCUAUCUCCGUAAGAGUCCCUCGCUUGAGUCACUGAGCAGACCCCCCUCUCUGGGCUUCGGGAGCACACGACUGCUGAGCACUUCCGCCGGGGGCCUGAAACCACAAAGCAAACUCAGUGUGGAGAGAAGAGACCCUCUGGCUGCCUUGGCCCGGGAGUACGGCGGCUCCAAGCGCAAUGCGCUGCUGAAGUGGUGCCAGCGGAAGACUGAAGGCUACGCGAACAUCGAUAUUACCAACUUCAGCAGCAGCUGGAGCGACGGCUUGGCCUUCUGUGCUCUCCUCCACACCUACCUGCCCGCCCACAUCCCGUACCAGGAGCUGAACAGCCAGGAAAAAAAAAGGAACCUCUUGCUGGCAUUUGAAGCAGCCGAAAGUGUAGGCAUUAAACCCAGCCUGGAGCUCAGCGAGAUACUGUACACAGACCGGCCCGACUGGCAGAGCGUGAUGCAGUACGUGGCCCAGAUAUACAAGUACUUCGAGACGUAAGCCCGAGGACCCAGCAGCAGCCGCGACUGCCUGCAGUUUGUCCUGGAAGCACCUGGUCACUUUCCUCAGGCCCUGCUCUGCCUUUCAAAGGAAGGUCCGACCCAGGGGGUCCCACACGCGAGUAGCAAACAGAGCCGGGCUCCCCAUGCACCCACCUUGGACCUGGACACAUUGGGAGGGAAGUUGGGGAAGCUUUGCUCUCUGAGGGGGCAUCUCCAGUCACACUGAGUGACUCCCUGCCAAGAUGCAUCCACCGUUUUACUAACAGUCCUGGCUUUUCCCUUUAUAACAACCUUGCCUUUCCUACCUUUAACCCCCCCGCCCCCCAAAAAAUGAAAAACAACAAAAGACAGACAUGUGCUCUCAAGCAGCCUGGAAACACACGGACCUGCCUUUUGGGAAAAUGUGCUGACGUUCUAGGUGACAACUUCUUAACGCUUUCACAUUUUUCAGUUAUUCACUUGACUCUCUGGAAGGAAAGUGAAACGGGACAGUUGACAGGAGCUCCUGGGUAGGUGGCCGCCCGUGCCUGAGGGGUGGCCGGCAGACGGGAGGGCACGCUGUGCUGGGACGCGGGCACACGGGGCUCCCGCUCAGCUGGUCGGUCCCGUGCGCACUGUACGUGCCGCCUCCGCUCCCUCCGUCUGUCCCGUUUACUCACACUCCGAGCACACCGGCCGCGCUUGCCCCUCGUGCGGAACAGACCGCUCUUGUGCAGAGGCCUGUGUCUGCUGGGGCCUUCGGGUAUUUGUGCAAUGGAACACGCUGAAGAUACAUACCUCUUGGGAUACUGGGCAGACAGCAAAUUUAGACAAUAUUCCGACUUUAGACUGAUGUAGCAUUCAGCACUUCAUCAGGCCUUUCCUGUUCACAUGGCUAAAGGAAGCCCUCAGGGACGGGCAGAAGUGGCUCUUUAUAAUUGAACAAAGGACACUGCAGUUUCUCUACUAUCCUGCCAUCACCUUAAGUGACAGCAGAAUGCCCCAAGUGGCCCUGUUCGCCUCGAAGUCCUCUGUGCAAGUGGCCACCUGGUGGUUCUCUGUUCUUGGCGGGAAAUGAAUGCACCUUACAUGGCAGUGGGGUGCGGCUCACGUCGGUGAGUCUGAGGUGAAGUCGGCACUGCUAAAGAAGGGCCCAUCGCUUUGCGUUCAUGCCCCUCAAAGGGCUGUUCUUACCAUGAGUCCCUGAGCCUUACAGCACUGCCGUGGCUUGAAGUGACUCUCUGGCGGCAGGGCCACUUGUUCCAGUUGGGGGCCUGGGGCUGCAGGCCCAGCUGCUGCUGAGCACGGCCCCUCCCUCCAGGCCGCCUCUGUGGGCUGGCAGCUGGGGUCUGCAGCCCGCCCAUCCUCCAGCUCGGGGCUGGGAGCUGGCCUGCUUGUGGCUGCCCGGGGGGCCCAGCGUUACAGUCUCCCACCUGCCCCAUGAGUUGAAUCCAAGUACCCAGAAUGGGACCAGGGCUGUGUCCCGGGUGUUGUCCAAGUUCCCGGGUCCACAGGGAGGUGCGCAGGGCGGACCGGGGCAGCCAGGCGCAGGGAGCACUGAGUGGUCUGGAGCCAAGAUUUCCUGACUGGCCCUCUGUGUUCGAGGAGAAGUUGGAGGCAUAGGCUGAGCAAAUUCACCUGACUCCCUCCCGAUGAAGUACCUGCACAAAAAUUACUGCUUGUGCUGCUUCCUGCACCCAUCUUUUGUUGACAUGACUGAUAACACUCUCUUCCCCGUGCUUCUGGGUUGCUCACCAUCACAGCAGGGAAAACUAGCGUGCCAAGGCGUGCGGUUGGGCUGCUGGUGGCUGCGUUUGAGCGGGGAUGGCUGCAAGGCUUUGUACGUGGGAGAUUUUUGCACGGGGUCUUGGAUGCCCACAGGGGUGUUCAGCAUGCAUGGCGCCCUGUUUCUAGUGAUUGCCAGGAAUGAUCCUGCACCAGCUCCGGGUCAGCAGUCUGGGCCCGCCCCUCCCUCCUGCCUGGUGCCUGCUCCCUUCAGGUUAAAAAGAGGGAAAGAAAUGUCCUACAAAAGGAAGACCAUGUAGCAACUUAUUUUUAUAAUUCAAGGAAGUUCCUUUACUGCCGUUUUCUUAGCUGGUGGGCGUACGGGGAGAGGACGCAUGUGUCCUGUCAGG